ACGAAACUGGAUAUUUUAUCUCUAACAGCUUUCAUACUUCGUUUACCCUGUGUUUCCAAGUUGUGCUAGCUAUUUGCAAACCUUGGAAUAUUACUUCAUCCAGAUCCCUUGCAUAGAAGAGAAAGAUAUGGCUUUUAUCGGAGAGGCCCUCAUCUCUGCUGCCAUCCAGACGUUGUGUGACAAAAUUGCUUCGCCUGAGUUCACCGACUUAUUUCGGCAGAAAAAGCUCGAUGAACAACUCCUCAACAAGCUGAAGACGACGCUGUUGACCUUGUCCGUAGUGCUUAAUGAUGCAGAGGAGAAGCAAAUUGAGGAACCUUUAGUGAGAGACUGGCUUGACAAUCUCAGACAUAAUGUCUUGGCUGCGGAGGACUUACUGGAUGAAAUCGACACUGAAGCUUUGCGAUGCAAGCUGGAAGAAGGUGAAGGUCAAACCCACAAUUUAACCAAGAAGGUACGUGAUUUUUAUCAACGCAUGAAUGUUGAGAUGAAAGAUUUAUUAGAAAGAUUAGAACAAUUUGUACAAGAGAAAAGUGCUCUUGGUUUGAGAGAAGGUGCUGGGAGGAAGGUUUCACAAAGAACAACAACUUCCUUGGUUCAUGAACCUUGUGUCUAUGGUAGAGAUGAAGUCAAAGAAAAUCUGUUGCAAAUUUUGUUAUCUGAUGAUGCAAGCAAGGAUGAUGUGUCUGUCCUCACCAUUGUUGGAAUGGGCGGGGUUGGCAAGACAACCCUUGCCCGACUGCUUUACAAUGACGAUAAGGUGAAAGAACAUUUUCCACUUCACGCUUGGGUUUGUGUUUCGGAAGACUAUGAUUCUAAUAGGAUAACUAAAACUCUUCUAGAGUCAGUCACCUCAAAGUCUUCUAAUAUGACAGAUCUAAAUUUGCUUCAAGUUGAACUAAAAGAACAACUCAAGGGAAAGAAAUUCUUAUUUGUUUUGGAUGACCUAUGGAAUGAGAAAUAUGGCGAUUGGAAACGCCUCCAAACUCCUUUUACUUCUGGGGCAAAGGGAAGUAAAGUCAUUGUAACAACACGGAGCGAACAUGUAGUAUCUGUCCUGCAAAGUGUUCAUGUUCAUCACUUGGAACCCUUGUCGCACGAAGAUUGCUGGUUCUUACUUGCAAAACAUGCAUUUGGAAAUGAAAAUUGCAGUGAUCCAAACUUGGAAGAAAUUGGCAAGCAAAUUGCACACAAGUGCAAUGGGUUGCCUUUAGCUGCAGAAACACUUGGGGGUUUGUUACGUUGCAAUAUAGAUUCAGAGGAAUGGAAUACAAUACUAAAUAGCAGUAUUUGGGAGCUACCCUAUGAUAAAUGUGACAUUCUUCCGGCUCUUGGGUUGAGUUACCAUUAUCUCUCCUCCCAGUUAAAACGAUGUUUUGUUUAUUGUUCAAUUUUUCCAAAGAAUUAUGAGUUUAAAAAGGAAGGUGUAGUUCAAUUUUGGAUGGCAGAAGGUUUAAUUCCAAAAGCUGAGAAUGGAAAGAGCAUAGAAGCGGUAGCUAGAAAAUACUUUGAUGAGCUGUUGGCACGAUCGCUAUUUCAAAAGUCAAGCAAAUCCGGUUUCACAAUGCAUGAUCUCAUUAAUGACUUGGCCAUGUUCAUGUGUAAGGCAUUUUGCCUUAGGCUGGAAGGGGGGGAAUCACAUUACGUAGAAAAAGUUCGGCAUUUUUCAUAUGCUAUGGAAAGAUUUGAUGCAGCUCCAAAAUUUAAGCCAUUACAUAGGGCUAAGUUUAUGCGGACCUUUCUACCCAUAUCAUUAAAUUUUUUUUCCAUUUCUUAUGUAACUGAAAAGGUUCUACAAGAAUUGUUGCCGUCACUAAGAUGUUUACGGGUGUUAUCAUUGUCACGUUAUCACAAUGUUACUGUGUUACCUGAUUCUAUUGCAAACCUCAUUCACUUGCGCUACUUGGAUCUUUCCUGUACCGCAAUUGAAAGGUUACCUGGGGUACUUUGCAAUCUCUACAACUUGCAGACAUUACUAUUGUCAAAUUGUUCCUUACUCCUUGAAUUGCCUGCGGACAUUAGAAAAUUGAUUAAUUUACAGAAAUUGACAUUGGGCGGUUGUAGUUCGCUUAAUAAAUUGCCUGCAGGCAUGAAGGAGUUGACUAAUUUGCAUCAUCUUGAUGUUAGUGGAACUAAAAUUGAAGAGAUGCCGGUGCAAAUGGGUAGAUUGAAAAGUUUGAGAACAUUGACUGCAUUUGUUGUGGGCAAAUCUACUGGGUUCGGCAUAAGAGAACUGAGGGAGUUCCCACAACUUCGAGGAAAACUAUCAAUUUUGAAGCUACAAAAUGUAGUUGAUGCGAGGGAUGCACUGCACGCCAAUAUGAAGCACAAGAAAGAUCUCAAGGAGUUAAAGUUUUCAUGGGGUGCGGAGGAUGCUGAUGAUUCCCAAAAGGAGAAAGAUGUACUCGACAAGCUCCAGCCUUGCGUGAAUUUGGAGAAAUUAACCAUCAAAUUCUAUGGUGGAACCAAUUUUCCGAAUUGGUUAGGAGACUCGUCUUUUUCUAACAUACAAGUCAUGCAUCUCAGUGACUGUAGUUAUUGUUGGUCGCUCCCACCAGUUGGACGGCUACCGGCACUCAAACAGCUCUGUAUAAGAAGAAUGAAGUUUGUGAAGACGAUUGGCGUUGAAUUCUAUGGCAGAAAUGGAGCUUAUCUGACUCAGCCAUUUCGAUCUCUGGAGAAGCUAGAGUUUUGGGAGAUGCCGGAGUGGGAGGAAUGGGUACCAAGUGGAAGUGCAAGUGGAGGUGAAUAUGGUCCAGACUUUCCUCGUCUCCAGGAGUUGAUUCUAAACCAGUGUCCGAAGCUUAGAGGAAGUUUGCCUUGUGAGCUGCCUUGCUUAAAGAAUCUUACGGUGUAUGGGUGUGAGGUU